AUGACCAUCAAGACAGCGAUGCCCUUCAGCUCUCCGACUUCCUUCGUUCUGGACUGCUCGAAUGAGUCGAGCAACAGCUUAGAUCCAGAUUGCAUGCGAAUCCGGGAUCUUUUCGUGGUCAAAGAGGUUCUCGGAUCCGAAAUUACGGGCGACUGCGCCGUCCCUUAUGAGACCGAGAAUCCUUUCAAGCGCGUGAAGCGGGUCGUAUACAUUCAUGAUUCACGAGACGGCCUGUGGUAUCACUGCUGCGAGUAUCGUCCUCCGUACGGAUCCUUCUCUCAUCGCACACCUCCGCCAAAGCUGGAAGCCGAAGACGUUUCUCUUGGCAGUAUGGCCAUGAAGUUUGUCUCCGGCAUGUUUAGCAGGAAGAAAAGCAAAACCGAGCCGGACAAGCUUCCAGUUGGUCAAGCUCCUGAAGCAGAGGGUUACUUCAUGGAGAACCCGCCAGGGCCGCUUUUGCAGUGCAACGUCUAUGAAAACUUGAAGCUCGUUCAAAACAAGACCCUUGGCACGCGAGAAAGCCUGGGGGACUUGCCCACGAGAUGCUUGGGUGAUGAAGCGGUGUUGAUUCGUCGCUUCACGGGCGGCACCAAACGGAAGGACCUAGACCCCGAAGACGAGAAGCAGGAGGAGGGCGAAGCCGAACCGACAGGGCGGGGCCCGCCGGGUCCGAGCACAGCGCAGCAGAGAGAGCGCCACGGCGCCAGAGGAGCCAAGCGCCAAGCGUUGGCCCCCGGUGACCUCUUGGAGCUGAUGGAAAAGAAGACCAUCAAAGUCAGUCGGAAGAAGGGUGCCAAACUGGGCGUAGAGGUCAUUCCCGACACUGGCAAGGGAGAUCUUGUCCUCGUGCAGUCCAUCUCUGAUGGUGCAGUGUUGGAGCAUAACUCCAAGCUCCCGGCAGACUCAUCGGAGCGGAUGAUGGUCGGCGACGCUAUCGCCAAGGUCGAUGGCAGUGCCAAAGGUCUGACGGAUGCACUUUCUCGCACCAGCGAGAAGACUGUUGAAAUCGAGAUUCGGAGAUCUUCCCUGCCCAGCUUUCUGAAAUGGAUGCGGAGCUCGGCAAAACCGGGUCCCAUCGAGACUGUGCUGACGGCUCCUGGCUUCAAGCGCUGGUCGAAGCUGACCUCGCAGCUGGGUACUGUAGGUUUGGCCAGCUGGCUGCUGUCUGGCUAUGGGCCAGCAUCUCUACCUGUGUGGUAUUUUGGCUUCUCUGCCGCCGUAGGAUACAAACUCGUCAGGUGUUGUCAUGACGAGCACGUUCAAGCAAAAGUGCCUCACUGCUACAGACCAGUAGAAGAUGAGCUGCCUGAAGUCCUUCAGAAGGACUGCCAGCCGCAGCCACUGUCGCAAAUCCCCGUCGGCGAUGUCACCACUCCGGGCAGGCUAGGGAUGCGAGUGUUUCCUUCGCCCAAAAGCUUGCGACGCAGUGGAGGUCUCUUGCCGAAGAGGUUAUCGCUUCGUACACGGGUGCGAAUGACAAGAAGAAGGACAAAAAGAAACGAAAACAAGACAAGUCGGAGAUUUGAGAUGGAGCUGAGGCCAACGCCAAAGCCCGCGCAUCUUUGGUACGAGUUGAUGUGUGUGGAUCGGCAGCCGCUGUUAAGAUCUGCUCCACGAGGUUUCAACACGAGCGUCCUUCGACAACAAGCGGUUCCUCCCGAGCUGUAUCCCAUCCUCCUGAAGCUGCUGAGUCCCAACCCGGCUGAAAGACUCACGAUUGCAGCCUUCAUCAACUCUGAGUUUUUCAUGGACGUCAACGUUCGAGCCAUUCGGUUUUUGGAACAGCUCAACGAAAAGGACGAGGCGCAGCGUGUGACUUUUCUUCGCGGACUGCCAAAGCUUUUGCAGGAUGGCUUUAGGGAGAACAGGCAACAACAGUCUUUAACCUUGCUCUUGCGAGAAUGCUGA